AUGCUGGCGGGAACGUUCAUCUACGGCCGGCAGUACGCGCCCGCAGAGUACAUGUGCACGCUCCUAGUUGCGGGAGGCGUCUCAGUGUUCGCCCUCUUCAAGGGGUCCGCAAAGACGAUCAGCAAGCUGGCGCACCCCAACGCCCCGCUGGGCUACUUCUUGUGCUUCCUGAACCUGGGCAUGGACGGCUUUACGAACGCAACGCAGGACUCGCUGGUGGACAGGUACCCGAAGACGACCUCUUGGGACAUCAUGGUCGGCAUGAACCUAUGGGGCUCGAUCUACAUGUGCGCGUACAUGUUUCUCUUGCCGGGCGGGGGCGGCUGGGACGCCGUCGACUUCUGCCGAACGCACCCGGAGGCCGCGUGGGACAUCCUGGUGUUCUGCUUGUGCGGCGCCGUCGGGCAAAACUUCAUUUUCUUUACCAUCAGCAAAUUCGGGGCGCUCGCGAACACAACGAUCACCACGACGCGCAAGUUUAUGAGCAUCUUGCUUAGCGCGGUCUGGAACGGCAACCCGCUGACGUUGGAACAGUGGACGGGGGUGACGAUGGUUUUCUCGGGGUUGUCGUACGGGCUCUAUCUGAAGUGGAGCAGUAGACGGAAGCGGAGCACGGCUUGA